AUGUCUGAGAUCGUGGGAUUUGGGUUUAGUCCAAUUGUUAAUGAUUACAAGAUAGUGAUAUCUCGUGAAAAAGAGCUUGAUCAGGAGGAUAAUCGAGUAGAAGUGUAUUCAUUAAGCACAGGAUUAUGGAGGGAAGUAAAAGUUGAGGACUUUGGGGGUGUGCGCCUUCAUUCUCACCCUGUCACUGCCAAUGGAUCUAUUUUUUGGCCUGGUGAUGAUAGUGAAGAUGAUUGGAUGAUAAUUGCAUUUGACAUAACAAUGGAAGUGUUUUCAUUGUUACCACCACCUGCUUCAUUAUAUUUUGGUUCGCGUCCUUGUCUUACUGCAUAUGAGAACAAACUUGCUACUGUGAUUGAGAACCAUGAAAUUUGUGCGAUUGAUUUUUGGUUAAUGGAUGAGUGUACUAGUGCAUCUGGACAGAGAUGUAGUUGGAGUAAGAAAUAUACUAUAAGCACAUGUUUAUCCUGGUAUCCACGCUGUAUUUGGAUGGAUCAAAUUGUCUGUGACGUUACAGAUCUGUAUAAAUCUGAAUCUGAUGAAAGUGAAUGUGAAGCUAACAAUGGAAGGCACACUGUUCUAUCUUUGUUAAAUCUUAGAACUCAUGUAUUGGAAAAAAAUUUUAUUCACAGAUUUUUUAUUCACAGAUAUAGAGUUUCAGGCAUUUUCAAAUAUGCUGAAAGUCUAGUAUCUGUAGGCAUGAUCUUCAAAAUUCAUUGCAUAGCUGAGAGCAUCGUAAAUGGAAAUUGGCAGACCAGUGACAACGUUGGCGGGAUCCAAUUGACCAGAUGA